AUGACGAUCACCCUACAUGAUGUCCAUUUGAUUUUGGGGUUGCGUGUUGACGGUUUAGCAGUGCACGGUGAUUCUGUUGACGAGAGGCCUAUGUGUGAGUUGUUGCUAGCUGAGGUUCUUGAUUUGGACAUGGUCGAGGCGCAUGCCAAGCUCGGCAAUAUUGGGAUAAAAUGGUCGGAGUUUGUGGAGCGUGUGCGCAGUCGGUCCCGAACUUGUCGGCAGAAGGUGGUAGGAUAUUUGACGUUUUUGAUCGGUAUGGCUUUGUUCCCCGACCGGAGUGUAGACAGGUUCAAGCCAACGUGGAUGAGAUAUUCUUCCGAUCUCGAGCACGUCGGCGAGUAUGCUUGGGGUGCAGCUGUCUUGGCUCAUUUAUACCGACAGUUGGGCUUGGCUAGUAGGGCUCACGUGAAGGGGUUACAGGGUUGCACGUUACUGCUCCAGUGCUGGAUUUAUGAGUACUUUCGCCCUUUUCGAGCACCUAUUAAUUCGGAUUAUAAGGAGAUGCAGCCUCGUUUCCUGAAAUGGAAACCACGCAAGGGUAUUUCAGACUUGUUCUCGGUCCGAAGGAUGCUUGAUGAUAUGCAGGCCGAUCAGAUUGACUGGAUGCCUUACGGUCCGCACGUACAUAGACGCGUUCCGCGUACAUUAUAUUAUGGGUGCAUACAGUUUAUGGAGAUUAUCGAGCCAUAUUUACCGGAUCGCGUCCUUCGGCAGUUUAUCUUUAGACAGACCAUACCGCAGUGCUACAUUCAGUCCAGAGAGCCGUGCCUACGUGGUCCGCUUGGAGGGCAGACAUACCAGGUACGGUAUGAUCCUCCAGGCGAGGAGUGGAUGGACCUGGCUGCCAGCUCAAUUACGUUGGACGGUAGGACAUUAGCCUGGCCGCCGUCUGAGACUGCCACUCGGUACAUGGAGUGGUACGUUCCUCGUACUCAUCAGUACGUCAUCAACCGGGAUCCAGCGCCACAAGGACCACCGCCAGUCGUACGCCCCCCUCCUAUUCAGCCGGACUUCUAUGACAUUGUGCGUAUCAUCCAUCCGCACAUGCACGAGAUACCCCAGCAUCUACGUGUGCAGUUACAGCCUCGUGUGGAGCCACACGCACGUUUUCUAGGUUUAUCCCCCACUGGAGAUUCCGACGACGACGACUUUAUGGAGAUGCCAUCACCGCGUCGGCGACCGGGUGGGACGAGUGGCACUUCGAGGAGGUCUAGGGGUAGACAGUAG